AUGACUUCAUUCAUCAUUCAAGGUACAUCUAAACCUACUCCUUAUACCCGAGAAAAAUACCCGAAGCUCUCUUUCUCCCUCUCCACUCUCCAUAUUUUCUCCACACGGCUCCGGCCACCACACACGGCUCCGGCCGCCCGGUUCACACCCUACAUAAACACUACUCCGUACCCUUUGCUUAGCUAUUGUUUUUCUACAAACACUCGAACUAACUUAGGCAUCGGAGGGCCUUUGGCCAACACCCCCGGGUGUGGUCUAUUUACUCCAAUCUGUUUUACAGGAAUCGAGGAAGAGAGAGAAGGAAGAUCGAAGGUUGAAGGAUCUAGAAGCGAAUAUUCUCCCGUGAGAUUAUUUGCACAAACAUUUGGUGCUUUCAUUGAGAGCACGAGUUAUACUCAACGCGUGCUCAAGGAAUCCGUUCCUCCUAUUUUCCAAUCCACCGAAGCCUUCCAAACAACCAUGGUUGGAAGCAAGCGCACGAGGAGUAAAACCGCCGCGAUGGCUCAAUCCGUGACGGCCCAAAGCCACUCCACCCACGAUCCCGCGAUCGACAUGGUGGCACCACCACCUCUCGCCACCGUGCCACCUACCGGACCCGCACCGGAUCUAGCAACCUCCGUGGCACCGCCGCCGAACAUGGUGGAACCUCCCAUCAAGGUGGGCUCGUUACCACCACCGACUUAG